UUACGGCUCCAGUCAACCCAGUCGAUCCAACACGACUCUGGAAUUACGACACUUAGUCAACCUUUAGUUAUUUAUCCUGGCAUUCCGGGCCCAGUCAACCCCAAUCAUGGCAUUACGGACACUCACUUAUUGGUGCUGUAUUGCUCGUCUCCUGGAACUCGUCAUCAACGCCGUCGGAGGGAAGAUCAGGAUCUAUGUCACCGACCCAGCGACGAAUUCACGCCCCAGGAUUUUGUGUCGGACGAGUAGAUGUCCGGCUGACGUCAGACUUCAGUGUUCCGUCACCUUCCUCCCACGACGUGGACUGUUGAGAUCUGGCUCGAAGGACCAAAUUAUGUUGGGUCUAAAAAUACCACAACAGCACUGAUACACACAGAGACGAGAACAAUAUAGCACACUGAGAGCCAACCAGAUUUUACUUGGCCAAGGGGAGUUCGCCUGAGAUCUUAGCGUUGUAAGCGCUUCACUCAGAGACCAACUAACUCCAACGAACUUCCCCAAAGCACAACAUUUUAUUGAAGCUUGUACACGCCUUCAUCAUCACAUCAUCACAUCAUCCCAUCAUUGCUGAACAUGCAGAAACACACACAUUAGGCAUAGCAGUACUCCUCCAACCCCUCUUGUGGUUUUGAACCCCUACGCCUGCGUAGGAGCACAGAGCAAAUGGCAAAUGUGACAAAAUUGUUCUUCGUAUAUGACAAUACUUGAAAACCUGUGGUUAGAAGUCUGUGCACCUGUCAAUGGGGUUAUAAGGCACAGCAAAUGCAAACCAUAAAUGGAAAAUGUAAAAAAAGUAAAUGAUACAUAAAUGAAAUGAAUAUAAAUGAAAUGGAUAAAUUAUUAUAUGGGUUAAAUGAUAUAGUAUAAACACCAAAGAUAAAUGAGAUCAAUUAUAGAUGAAAAUAUAUUUUCUCCAACAGUGAUUUGGUAAUUAUAUUAGGUUUAUGGUUUGUAUCUGACUGCUUUUAUCUGUGAUGACAUCCAGUUGACAAAGAAUGAUAAAAAUGGUUUAAAAGGCAGUGAGACAAUUUCCAUCAUCACCUGGAGCCACUCCUCUGUGGCUCCACCUUCUUAUUGCUGGGGAGGUCACACAGUAUAAAUGCUGCUACCUGAGAACCUGCAGAACAGUCACCAGGUAGAGACAGACAGUUCACCCACCGAAGCCUCACUCUCUGUGAAAAUGGAAAGUUUUCCUGGAGGAUACACUGAUCCCCGACCUGCAACUGAGGAAAUUCAAAAGUAUUGUAAUGAGGUAAAGCAACAAGUGCAGGCAAAGACACACAAGGUUUUUGCUGAAUUCAAGGCUGUUAUGUACAGAUCACAGGUUGUGGAAGGAAUAAAGUAUAUCAUCGAGGUUCAAGUGAAUGAAUGUGAUUACAUUCAUGUGCAGAUUUUCCAGGCACUUCCUUGCUACGGAGGAGAGAUUUUUAUGUAUGGUGUGCAGGAACACCACAAGAAGGACGAUCCCCUGGUGCCGUUCUAACGCGACCACACAGUCUGCUUCAGAACCCUCAGAAGCCUCAGAACCAAAGUCUGCUGUUUGCGUCAGUUUUAACGUGUUCAAGCACAAAGUUUACAAUGACAAUCAGAAGCUAUUUGUACUGGUUUAAAAAAGAAAAUUAAAGAAUGGAUUUAAAUAA